UGUAGCAACCAUGGGUAAUCUGCUCCAGCUACUACGAAAGGAGGACAGCAACAACUUUAAACUGCCUGACAAUGUCUUCCUUGAUUUUGAGAAUGCCUUACCUGGUCCUGCAGAUCAGGAUCUGUAUGAGAUUGUGGACAAGGUCCUUGCUAAGACGGUGGAUAUUUUAGAGGGUUUACGAGCUUAUACUGGAGCUACUGAUCCUAUACGAGAGGCAAUCAAGAACAACGACUGUGAGAAGUCGCAAGUAACAGCUUGGAAAGCAGUUUGUCCACUCGUCAACGCUCUGAAUACAUACUAUCAGUACAGCAUUGAGCUUGAUAAGCAGGUUGUAGAAUUAUUGACGGUGUUGUGUAGCGAGCCACCCAUGGAGUCACUCGAAAACCACCAGGCACUCGCCAAGCAGUUUGCACACGUUCUCGACUUCGUGCUGGCUUUCGACGACUUGAAGAUGACGAAUCCGUCCAUACAAAACGAUUUUAGCUUUUAUAGAAGAAUGAGGAACCGAGUCAAGGCGUAUUCGGAGGCUGAAGAGCACGAAGUGAGCAAUGAGGUAGCGAACAGGAUGAGUAUGUUCUACGCGUACCCUACCCCCAUGCUCAAGAUGCUAUCCAACUCUGUCACUUCCUUUGUUAAAAAGAAUCAAGCGUUGCCCCUAGAGAACACAACGGACAUAUUCAGUACUAUGGCUAACUUGUGCAGAUGUAUGAUUGAAGAUCCUCAGAUAGUAGCCAGGUUUCAGCAGAAGGAGACGACCCUGUUCGUGUUGAGGGUGAUGGUCGGGGCGAUCAUCCUAUACGACCACGUUCAUCCUGUCGGGGCGUUUUACAGGAAAUCUAACAUCGAUAUCAAGAGUUCUAUUAAAUUGCUGAAAGAUCAGCCCCCUAACACUGUGGAAACUCUCUUAAACGCUCUGAGGUUUCUCCUAUCCAUACCAACCCUAUCAAAGUGGGCUACUUACGAUAUCGACCAGCAGCUCGACCAUUGAGAGGUAUUCUACUGUCCACGCGAACGAUGAAGAAACUCCAUCAGUCGUUAAAAAACUGUUAGCCGAAUAGUUAGCGCAACUAUAAUUACAUUUAGCAUACUCCAGAACUUUCAACAGAAUUCCUUGCAUUUUUAUUGUUCUUCCUCCUGAAUUACACGGACAUAAAAACUUAUAGUUUUACCACAUGAUGGAAGCAGCUCGUAGAGCACCAAUCCUGCAUAUAAUUUGAUGGAAUGAUGUUUCUUACUGCAAUGAAAAUUAUUUUUGAAGGAAGCGUGGAGAAAUGUUGAAUAAACUGAAGUACACUGGACGGAAAUAUUUUAGGUGCAUGAUAUAGAAACGUAUAUCGGUAAGGUGUUGAAUAUUAAUAAGAUGAUUAUAAACUUUGCUCAGUUUUAUUUUUCAGUGUGGCCAUCGCCAAGCUUGAAUUUCUCGCUCUCUUUUCAGCCUUGCCAAUAAUUCUGCACAACUCAAUGAUAAGCAGUAGUAUUUAUAAAAUGCAGCUUGUUGAAGUAAUCAUAUUAGUAGUGCAAUGUUGUGAAAUGGGUAGUUGAUUUUUGUUUGUUUAUAAUAUUGAGUAAUACGUGUUCAAUACCUGAUUACCAUUAUCAUUUAUCAUAAUAUUACGUUUUAGCUUUCUUACGAUACGGUCAACAGUAUAGUUUAUUAUGUUACGAUAUUAAAUUUGUUUUGUAUCAAUUUUUCCAGGUCAGAUUUUGAUAAUUUCCUUUAAUGCUAGUCUUCUGAUGAUGCAUUUUUUCGUUUCUAGACAAUCUUGCUCAAAAUUAUUACCGUUUUGGUUAAAACCAAUUGGACGCAUCGUUUAUAAAUACAAUUUUCAUAUAAUAUACGGGCACCAGAAUUCAAGCUUUAGCACAAAUUUGUAUGUUUAUUGGCGAUCAUUUUUGUUUUUAAUUUGGUUCUAUUUGUACGGCAGUAUUUCAUACCUAUUUAUAUGCAUUGAUAUGAUUGGUUGCCAUCCUCUGAUCUUAUCGAGGAUUUGACAACACGGAACAUUGUGUUGAUUAUGUAGGUAGUUGUUGAUUAUUAUCAUUUUAAAUCGGUUCCCUUUUAUUAAUAAUCGGAUGAAAGCAUCCCCUCGAUCAUAAUAAUAUACAUACACAUGCUUCUUGAUCUGUAUUUCAAAAGCCAGAAUUACUGUCAAUUACUGAUAAUUACAGCUAAUCAUUUUAUAAUAAUCAUUGUUAUACGAGCCUGCUUUUUAAGGUCGUUUCAGGCUGUUUUAAAUCUCAAAAUAUCUGAUGAUUAUGUUUUGUAAAUAUAUCAAUACAUUAUUACAGUAAUCAAUUUCAUUUA